GCGCUUCUUUUGCUGCGGAUUUUGAACUGGUAAACUGUGAGUUUGUCUCUGGGGUUGCGUCCUGCUUUAUCCUACAAACGCCUCAUCACCACAUUGUCUCGGCCACCGGAGGUCGGUACCAUGGCCCCUAGCGGAAGAAAGCGGAAGGCCGCGCCGGCAGAGACAGUGGACAAGCGCGAGAAACUGGCGGAGGGCCCGGCGGUGGUCAUUGAGCAUUGCACGAGCUGACGCGUGUACGGGCGCCAUGCUGCUGCCCUGAGCCAGGCUCUGCAGCUGGAGGUCCCAGAGCUGCCUGUGCAGGUGAACCCAUCCAAGCCGCGGAGGGGCAGCUUCGAGGUGACGCUUCUGCGCCCGGACAACAGCCGUGCGGAACUCUGGACUGGUAUUAAGAAGGGCCCGCCACGAAAGCUAAAAUUUCCUGAGCCUCAAGAGGUGGUUAAAGAAUUGAAGAAGUAUCUUUCAUAAGGACGUUGGGCAGGGAGUCUCCAUGCUGAGCUUUCAUUCCCUGGAGAUGUUGAAGCAUUUAUGAUAGUGCAUGGCCAAACCUAAGCUAUGUACCUGAAGCCAGUUUCUUCCUCACCAGAAAUGAUGGUCCAGUUGCGACGAAGCCCUCCAACAAGGCAUUGUAAAAGUGUUUGAAUUGGUUUAAUAAAAGUUAAAAUAAAGUAUCUGAGAGC